CUCUCCCGGCGGCCAUGCUGCUGAGCGAGGAAGAAAUCCAGAACUUGGUGUCUGAGGGAACGCUUCUCGGCGUGGGCUCUUCCGGUCAGGCCUUCAGGACGCGCUAUAAGGGCAAAGACGUCGUGGCCAAGGUGGCCCAUUCGAAGAAGCGCGCCCGCUUGUUUGAGGGAGAAGUGAGGACCAUGUUGGCCCUGGAUGGCCUCGGAGGAGCGCCCCGAGUCCUGGCAGCGUGUUAGGAUUAUCUGGGAUUCCUCAUGGAAUUCUGUCCGGGAAAAACUCUCGAGGACAUGAUCGAGGACAAGGCCCCCGUGAGCACCAUUCUUCGGGGGAUCUACGACCUGGCGCUGAGGGUCCAGGACAUCCACCUGGCAGGGUUCGCCCACAACGACAUCAAGAAGGACAACGUGAUCUUGGAGACGAGCGCCGACGGCCUCGAGGUCACGGCGCGGUUGAUCGACCUCGGCCUGUCCACGCGGCUCGGCGUGUGUCCCGGCUUCAGUGGGGAUCCGGAGUUCUUCAGCCACAUGGCCCCCGAGCUCCUCCAGAUGGGCGUGGUCAGCGUGGAGUCGGACCUGUACUCCAUCGGGAAUAUCCUGAGAUCCGUCCUGGAGCGCUAUCCGAAGGCCUUUCCUGAGGAAUGCCAAUUGAGCUUCAUAGCCUGGAACAUGACCUGCUCUGAGGCCGGAUAGCGCCCGCCUUUCCAAAUGUUCCUGGACGUCCUGGCCAGCAAUCUCGACGUCCCAGGGCAGUAAUGAUGUUGCCCGGCGCUGCUGAACGCCUGUGGCCAAGUGUUGUUGUGAUUCUUUGAUGUUUUUCGCUUGGCAUUUCUGCCAACGUAACAUAAAAAAAAAAAAAAAAAAAAAAAAAAAAAAAAAAAAAAAAAA